AUGUUGCCACAGAUUGCAAGCAAGGCUUGGUACCAUGGCUAUGAUGCAUUCCGAAAGGUUCCCGCAGAUCUUUCUGAGGCCACAACAACUGGUGCCAUCAUGACGGUGGUGGCAUUGGUCACAUGCGUUGUUCUGUUCUGUUGCGAGACAUCGGCCUUUCUAACCGAUGCUCCAACCUCUAGAAUUGUUGUUGACAGCAACCAGGAUGAGCUGUUGACGAUAAAUUUUGACGUGACCAUGCUGGACGUUGCCUGCAGCCACUUGACAGUAGGUGUUUGGGAUGCUUUCGGCACGGAGCGCUUCAACAUCACCAAGAAUGUGCAAAAACAGCGCGUUGAUCACAAGGGUGCUCGAAAGGGGCAGCCCUACAAGGAGGAAGAACUCCUGGAACUAGAGUUCAGUGACCGCAGCUUCACUGCGGAGGAGCUUGCAGAGCUGGACUCCGACUGGGGUUCAUCCAGUGACCAUUUUAAGCACAACGACUUCCAAGCCGUUGUCGAUGCGCAUGACUUCACGAUGAUCAACUUCUACGCCGAUUGGUGCAGCCACUGCCGGGACUUUGCCACUACAUGGUUCGAUUUCGAGAAGUCGGUGAAUGAGCACAGAGUCACAGCCAAAGAUGCUGAUGGUCAGCAGGCGGGUAUUCACCUCCUUCGACUGAACUGCGUGGAUUUUCAGGACACGUGCAGAGAACAGAUGAUUCGUUUCUUCCCGGCAGUCCGAUUGUACCGCAGAGGUGCCAAGAAAGGUGAGUUCGAGGAGUAUACUGGCGAGCGCAAUGCAGAUGGGAUGACGAGAUGGAUGCAAUCAAUCGUUUCCAAGCGCCACCUGCAUACCGGCGCGACGUACCACAGCAUCUUCUCAGAGGGCUGUCGCGUCUCUGGGUUUGUCAACGUGGCGCGAGUACCUGGCACGGUCCACUUCCAGGUUGGCCAGUCAAAAGAGCAUGACAUCAAUCCUGCUUUCACCAAUGUAUCUCAUACAGUGCAUCACUUCAGCUUCGGAGAGGCCCCGCGAGGACUGAAGGCUUCCUUGCCUUCACAAUACCGAGCGCACGUCAACCCGCUGGAUGGCCAGACCUUUUCGGUGGACAAGUUUCACAAAGCUCCGAGUCACUUCAUCAAGGUAGUACACACAAGAUUCGAAGACUCGGACCUCCGCAGCUAUCAGCAGACCCAUCAAUGGAGCGUGCGGACGUUGCAGCGCGGCACAACUCCGCAGGCGAAGUUCUCAUUCGAUUUGUCACCGGUAGAGGUGGUUAUAGGGAAAGCCGACCGCAGGUGGUACGAUUACAUCACGCAGAUAUUUGCAAUCACCGGUGGAGCCUUCACAGUGAUGUCUCUUGCUGCUGGCUUUCUGAAAGCUAGCAGCGUUCACGUCAAGAGUGAGCCCCCGCGAUGGUUUUGUCAUGUUUCGCAGCAGCAAAGCAGCAAAGUUCUUGGAAGGUAUGCUAGACAAGCUCAGCUGAUGCAAGGCACAGUGCAGUCCCGCCGGCGUUACGCAAGCCGCUCAGACAUGUUGAGAGCAAGUGUGGUGAAGGCGAUCCAAGUGACGUUCCAGAAAACUGGCGGAGCUCCAGGAUUCUGGAGGACUCUUGCUAUGUGGCAACAUACGACAGCACAGCUGCAACAGCUCUUCCAUGAGUACAGUGAGUACGCGAAAUGUUCGUGUGAAGUGGGGUCAGGCAAGGAGGAGGCAGACUUUCGAGAAGUGCAGAAGAUGAGGCCCAGCAAAUGUACAGUACAGGCAUGCACUGGGAGCACUGCAGUUUCAAGCGUGGGCCCUAAACCUCUUCAGGCCUUCCACACCUCAUGCAUCCGCCAGCCUGUCGAGCCUACCUUUCGGGCGAAACAUCCAACUCAAGUGCUUGUUGGACUUGGAUGA